AUGUAUCAACCAUCCCAGUCAGCGCAUCAGCGCAACAAAGAUCGCCAGGAUGGUGACGCCGACCUCACCCGGUCUUUACAACGCUUGGCCAUCUCGGCGACCCCCUCGCCCUCGUCAACACCCCGCUCUCCGCGUCCGAGCAGCGCCAUGCGCAGUCCCCUUCGCAGUACCUCUGCUUCCGUUGUCCCAUCCUCCAGGUCUGCCACGCCGGCCCUAUUGAGGAAGGCUUCCAUGAACUCGCUUCAUUCCGUCAGCGGCGUAACGCCCGCCCGUCGGGCCAGCUUCGCCGCACUCUCGUCACCCGGCGGCAGGCCCAGAUCGGGUCGCUCACCCCUCAGGAGCGCGUCGCCUGAACUGCCAGAGAAGCCGAUUCCGACCCCGCAUUCCGUCGCAAGCGCCCACUUCAAGGCCGAGCUGGACAUCCACCACGGGCCGGAGCCCACGCGCAGGGCCGAGACUGUCGUCGUUCUUCAAGAUGCCUGUUACGGGCAUCGGUACUCCCGCCCCCGCGCAUCCCGCACACAACUCAGCACCAUCGUCGAGCGGCCCGAGAGGAUCAAGGCUUGUGUGUUGGGCGUCUCAGCCGCCUAUGUGAGACUAGGCGAGCGACAUCAGGAUGGAGCUUUCCCCCUGUCCCCGGACAGCGACGCUGCCUCCCUGCCCUCGAUACCGUUCCGGAUCCAGAAGUCAACCCGGCGUCUAUCCCUGUCAUCUCAGACGGUAACCAAUGUGCAUGGGACAAGGUGGAUGGAGGAACUGAGGAUGAUGUGCGACGCAGCCGAGGCGAAGCUGGCUGGUGGAGGUAAAGAGCUCCAGCGACCGGACAUCGAUCGGGGCCCGAACGUAGAAGCGCCGCAGAAGUUCCACGAGGGUGACUUGUACCUCUGUUCCGAAUCUCUGGAGGCGAUGGAGGGGGCCCUCGGCGGUGUAUGCGACGCUGUGGAUGCUGUCUUUAGACCAGAAGGGCCGCGGCGGGCCUUUGUGGCUAUCCGCCCGCCGGGACACCAUUGCUCCGCAUCGCACCCGUCUGGCUUCUGCUGGAUCAACAACGUGCAUGUCGGCAUCAUGCACGCUGUCCUUAGCCAUGGCUUGACACAUGCUGCCAUCAUCGACUUCGAUCUGCACCACGGAGAUGGCUCUCAGUCCAUUGCUUGGCAACACAAUGCGAGGGGCGUCACCUUGGCCAAAAAUGCAGCCUGGUGGAAGAGGACGUCCAUCGGGUAUUUCAGUCUACACGAUAUCAACUCUUACCCGUGCGAGAUGGGAGAUGAGGACAAGGUUAGGAACGCGAGUAUCUGCAUCGACGGCGCGCAUGGGCAGAGCGUAUGGAAUGUUCACCUGGAGCCCUGGGAAACGGAGGCCGAUUUCUGGGCCCUGUAUGAGUCCAAGUAUGCUGUCCUGCUGGAGAAAACGCGCACCUAUCUCAAGAGGCAUACCGAGCGGUUACGGGCUUCGGGCCUGCAUUCGAGAGCCGCUAUCUUCCUCUCGGCGGGCUUCGAUGCAAGCGAGCAUGAGGGUGUUGGCAUGCAGCGUCACAACGUCAACGUGCCGACCGAUUUCUACGCCCGCUUCACCCGUGAUGUGGUUCGUAUCGCAGCCGAAGAAGGGACGAGUGUGGAAGGCCGCAUCGUCAGUGUUCUUGAAGGCGGUUACAGCGACCGUGCACUAUGCUCCGGCGUCUUCAGCCACCUCUGCGGCCUUGCCGGCGACGGGCCGAGCAGAGACGAAGAGUCGACGAAUGGGUAUGAAGCGAUCCAGAAGGGUGACCACCGGCGCGCCAGGAAAGACUCGACGGCGAGCGAGCGAGGUGCGCGGCGGUAUGAAUCGUCUUGGUGGUCUCGUGCCCAGCUUGAUAUGCUUGAUGAGGCCAUCCGGACACCCCCACCUGUCCCGAAGCCAGUACGCAAUUCUCCACCGCCAACCUACUCCUCUCCGACUCAAGCAUCGCAAGCGAAGGUAGUAACGCUGAAGAACCGGCGGAGCAUUUCUGGGCUGUCGUCCAUUGCGAGCAAUGGGGUACGGAGGUUUUCUUAUGAACCCCCUCCGUCGCCCGACGUCCCCUGGACCAUCGCCACGCAUGAGUUGAGCAAGCUGCUCAUUCCAAGUGGGCGGCAGACCACUAGCUGCACGGCUGAAGAUCUCAAUGCGGAGGCUACUCGGGUCAGGCGCGAGCGCCAGGCUGCUCUGGCUGGCUCUGUUCUCGCUGUUGCCGCCCCUGCUCCGGAAGAUCGAGCACCCACCAGGAUGUCGCUGAGGGAACGUAAGACAAAGCCGGCGUACACCUUUGACGAUGAUGAGCUGGAUCGCAAACUCAGACGGAAGACUGUCGCGGGGCCGACUGUCCAUGCUGCCGAUACAGCAUCUCGCGGGCCUACUCCUGCACCCGGAAAGCAGCCUAAAACAGCACGGCGCCUUAGUGCGGCGUCGUCGCUUGCGUCUUCCGAGGGGAAGGAUUCACUGCCGUCGGCUUCGCGACCUGCAUCGGUCCGUGCCACUUCCGCUACAGAUGUUACAAGCGGGCCUGAGCCCGCAAUGAGCGCCGCCGAGCCAAAGAGCAGCAAUCUGAACGUGAAGAAAACGCGUGUCCCUGUGAAGAAGGAGCCGGUCCUGCGAGCAUCAAGGGCGCUCAAGAAGCAGUCCGCUCCGGCAAACGGAGCGCUGCAGCAGGCACCGGGUUCCGCCACCGCGGCGGCCACGGGUCCAUCGACUGAAAAGGCUCGCGACGAAAUGGACAAAUUGGCCGGCGAAAUGAAGAAGAUCAAGAUCACAGUGCUCACAAAGGCACAGAAGGAGGCUCGCGAGCGCGAGCGCGCUAUCAGGGAGAAAUUUGCGAACGCAGAGACCAUAUCUGUUGCUCCGCCACAAGCAGCAGAGAAAGGAUCGCAACCGCAGCCUGCUCCCCCAACCGACACUGCCAUCACCAAUACAACCGCAACCCUCCCAUCCCCGUCUCCCUCCCCAGCACAUGAACACCCCCAACUCCAAUCUCCGACGGACCCGUCAACCUUCCCACCGCAAGAAGCCAUCACCCCAACCACCAACUCUAAUGGACCGCUCGCAUCGCCCCCAACAACCGAUCCGCGCAGCAUCCCCUUACCAACGAGCUCACCACCACCGCCGCGAGCUAUGAGCAGUCCUCUCGGCGAGGUCCCGACUACGGCGCCGAAUAACUUCAUCCCUUACCAGCCCGACGGUCCCACUCCCAAACCCACAGCGCCACACCCUCAGCAGCUCCAGUGGCUCCCGCCCAAUGUCUCAGCUACGCCGGUGCAGUCACCUGCUAGGAGGGAGAAUCUGCCUGUGUUUACCAGCACGAGUGUCAUCCCGUUCGCGAUGGGCCCGACUGCGAGGGGAGCGGGAGUUAAUGGUCGCGCCGGGGAAGGGGGUACCAAGGGUGCAGACUCUGCGGAGGGAAGUAGUUGA